GUAACAUAUGUCAUUACAAUGUCAGUUUUAUUACAUUAUUAGUACAAAAUCAUAAUAGUGUUUGAUAUGUGACAUGUUAAAUUUUAAAUUAAUUUUAAAUUUACAAUUAUAUGCGGGAAAGAUUAUAAAAAAUGGACAAAAUUUCUCGUAUAUAUAAAAUUGAAAUACCUAUAUUAAUUCGUGUUUUCUGUAAAAAAUAUAAUCAACAAAGAUGUAAAUGUACUUAUUACGAAGAAUUACAAAUAUCUCCAAAUGCAACUCAAAAAGAAAUAAGAGAUGCCUAUAUUAAAUUAUCAAAACAAAUGCAUCCUGAUAAUAAUAAUACUGGAAAUCAUGAUGAUUUUGUAAAAUUAAAUGAAGCAUAUAAUAUUUUAAGUAAUGAACAAAGUAAACAUAUUUAUGAUAUUGAUUUAAAAUCUAAUAAUAUUUGUACAAACAAUUUUUAUCAAGACACUAGAUCUAAUAAUCAAUAUUAUAAUGCAUAUAACAUACAUUAUUCAGCAGAAAAGAAAGAAAAUUAUGAAAAAAAGAAAAAAAACACAACAAUCUUUUGUAUAUUUCUUAUAAUUAUAGGAAUAUUUUUUCAAAUAAUUCGUGUUAUUUCAUGGUCAGAUCAUAAUAAAAAUGCAGCAUUACAAAAAAGUGCUGAAAUUCAAAUGGAACAUGAACAAAAUAUGAAAAUAUUUGAAAAUAAAACAUUUGAAGAAAAAGUACAAAUUCUUGAUAAAAUGAUUAAAAAUUACAAUAUAUCUGUAGAUGAUCCAUAAUACAUGAUCUAAAUGUAUUUAUUUAUAUUUUAUUGUAGUAAAAUUCUAAAAGUUAUUUUUUAUAGAAUUAUAUGUUUGUAU